UAACUGUCAACGGGAAUCUUCCGCUAAAAAAUCUAAACCAAGAGUUCAUGAUUUUCCACCGUUACGGUCGGUUGUUCAAUCUCCACCUCUAAAUGGAGCUUUUGGGAUUUUCUUUAUAUUUACGAUGAAAUUGAUGAUAGAUGCUUACUAUCAGCCUUUUGCAGAGUACAAAAGGCUUUUUGGAUUCUCGCACGUCUUUUGCGCCAAAGGAACCAAAAGCAACCAUCAGAAUGAGUUCUCGGCAUCGUCCAUUGCAAACAUGUGGAGUUUCAAUCUUGGCAACUGCUCGUAGUGCUUACAAUAAAGCUCAAGAUUUUAAUGGACCAAUAGGCUCAACAACAAGAAGGAUAGCCAAAUUAGUCUCAUUCACAAGUCCUCUAGCGUAUGCUCUGUUAUAUCCAUGGUUAGCAAUCCUCUCCUUUGUCGAUGAUCAAAUCCUAUUGGUUGAAAAUGUGGUCGAGAACAUCUUUCCACCAUCAAACUAUGUAUUCAACAAGAUUGACUAUGUUGUCCAAAUUAUAGAAAUUUUCCCAGAAAAAUUUGAUUAUGCAUUGGGGAGAUAUGCCAUGAUUGCCCACCAAGUUCAUUUCGAUUGUACACUGGUUCACAUUUUCUGCUGGUUGAACUUUUUUAUCACUACAUUGACUCACUUGGGAUCAGAAAGUACAAGGGAAAAGGAAAUUUUGGUCGACAUAAACUUCCAGGAUAAACCAGCCUUGGUUGAUGAAGCAAAACAUGCCGAUGUUGGCAAUAAGAUGGAGUACUUACCUCCCAUACCAGAAACCCCACAAGCUGAAACUGAGACGGUCAAUGCAGACAUUGGGAAAGCCACAUACAAGCAGGUACUAGAGAAAGGGACGAAAGGAAACAAGGGAAAAAAAUCAGGGAGAGAGAACCUUCAAGUUGUGAAGCAUGAAAUAACCAGUUUUGGCCAGGAAGUAUCUUGGAAAAUAGAGGAAGAAAUUGUAGAUAAAAAGAGAAAUGGAAGCGGCUGCCUUGAACCGGCUGUGGUUGAUGUAGCAAACCAGCCCCUAGAGUUCCAAGCCAAUGAAAACAGUGAGACAAAGGAAGAGUCCCCUCCCAUACAAGCUGAAACUGAGACAGUCGGUAAGACAGUUGAUGCAGGCAUUGCGAAAGGCACGUACAAGGAGGUACUAAAGAGAGGGACAGAAGAAGACAUGCAAAGCGAAACAAUUGAAGAGAAAUUUGAAAAUGCGGAGGAUGAGAAAGCCACUGUUGGGAAUGGAGAGGAGGAAAUUACAGCUGAAAGCCAAGCGAAAGAUGAUCCCAUUUUAGAAUUGUUCGAGGCAGGAUGGCUCUCAUGAACGGCAACCCAGGAAGAAGGGGGUAAAAGGGAGCUCAAUUCCCAGUUCCGGUUCAUACAUGGUGACAUGAGAAUAACAUUGGUUAGAAACUUUCUUGUAAAUUUUUGAGCCAUUUUGCUGCAUCAAACACAGAAGGAUAAUUUUGGUGGUCACUAUUGCUCACAAGUUUGUCAUGCUAAAUGCUCACUAGUUAACGCUCGUGCUGACAAAGAGAAUUUUUCAAUGGGUCUACCAGUGUAGUAUCCUAGUUUCAGCAAUGUUGAAAGAAUAAUAUCUUCUCUUUUUUUUUCUUUUUUUUGUUUGUUUGCGCACAAACGUUUCGACGCAAAUUGUGAUGAUAGAAACAGAUGCAAUCAUAUUUUGCAGUAAAUUGAUA